UUUCAGAAACUCUAAGCAAAUGGAGCCACAACCCCAACCAACCUACGUGUACCCAUCAUCUUCUCAUUUUGAUGCUCCACCCGCAUAUACAGAAGCAUCUGGAGCAGUGUACACACCAAAUAAUGUGCAAAAUGGGCAAGUGGUUUAUGUGGUGGUGCCUCAGAAUCAGAUGGCUUUACAAGCGGGAAACGCUAGAGCAAGACGAAUCUUCUGCACGAUUUUCUUUAUAAUUCUCUUCAUCUCAGUAUUUGUUCCCAUAAUUAUUUUUGCCAUCGCAUAGUUUUUUUUAUAGUUUUUGGAGUUUUACGCUUAUAAACUGGUUUUUUCUUCAA